AUGUUCGCUACAUCUCUAGCUCGAAUACCACAGAGAGGUGUUGUUGACCUGGACUGGAGAUAUAUUGAGAUUUUCUAUCAAAACUUCUGCUCCCCUCACAGUUUCAAUGUCUGGAACUACCAGAACGUCUUGGCCUUUGUCUUUGCUAUCACCCAGAUUAACAACAAUCCUGACCUGCUGCCUAAUAUUACACUUGGGUUCCAUAUUGUUGAUAACUGUUUGGCAGAAGAACAAGCAGUACUUGGAAUGCUUGAUAUUAUGUCUGGAGAUAAAUUUACAGUACCCAAUUACCACUGCGGACUCUCACAGGACUUGCUGGCUGUUGUUGAUGGUAUAUCCACAAGACUGUCUUUGCUGUUUGCCAGGUUGUUUGGGAUUUACAUGGUUCCGCAGCUUAAUAAAUACUUGAAAAAUAUCCAUUUCACAAAUGGUGGAGGAGAGACAAUGCUUUUAAAUGAAAACGGAGAAAUUCACUCCAAGUUUGACAUUUUAAAUUGGGUGAUCUACGCCAACCAAACUCUUCGUAGUAUCAAAGUUGGAAGUUAUGAUCACCAAAACACUGUCCAAGGAUUAAUAGUCAAUGAAAGUCUAAUAAGAUGGAAUCCUGCAUUCAACCAGACCCCGCGUUCAGCCUGCAGUGAAACCUGCAUUAAUGGAUUUAGAAGAACUUCUAAACAAGGAUUUCCAGCCUGUUGUUAUGACUGCAUCCCCUGCCCAGAGGGUUGGAUAACUAACACAACAGAUAUGAAGUUCUGUAUCAAAUGUCCACAAACCCAGUGGCCCAAUGAAAAAAAAGACACAUGUUUGGAUACAGUUAUUAUCUAUUUAUCAUUUGCUGAUGAGCUGGGCACAUCAAUAGCAUUUCUAUCAAUACUUUUCUUUUUUUUUACAUGUUUGGUUAUGGGAGUUUUUACUAAAUAUCGGACCACCCCUAUUGUUAAGGAAAAUCUCAGCUACGUUCUCCUCUUCUCCCUCAAGAUGUGCUUCCUCUGCCCUUUAAUAUUUAUUGGCCAACCUAUUAAAUUAUCCUGCAUGACUCGGCAGACAGUAUUUGCCAUCACUUUCUCUAUUUCCCUUUCUUCCAUCUUGGCCAAAACCAUUACAGUAGUCAUUGUGUUUCAUGCCACCAAGCCAGGAAGCAAGUUAAAGAACUACAUUGGAUCUAAAGGUUCAGUCUCUUUUACUGUGUUCUGUUCACUUGUUCAAGUUGUUAUAUGUGCUUGUUGGUUGGGAAUUUCUCCCCCAUUCCCACAGUAUAACAUGGAAGAUGAAGUUGGGAAGAUAAUUGCUGAGUGUAAUGAAGGAUCAUUGAUUGGAUUUUACUGUGUCCUGGGAUACCUGGGGGUUCUGGCCUCUGUCAGUUUCAUCAUUGCUUUCCUUGCAAGGGACUUGCCUGAUACUUUCAAUGAAGCCAAGUUUAUCACCUUCAGCAUGUUGGUGUUCUGCAGCGUGUGGGUCUCUUUUAUUCCAGCCUACAUGAGCGCUAAGGGCAAAUAUGUUGUGGCAGUGGAAAUAUUUGCAAUCCUGGCAUCUAGCUUGGCACUACUGGGCUGUAUAUUUAUCCCUAAGUGCUAUAUUAUACUUGUGAAACCUGAAUGUAAUACUAGAGACUUUGUAAAAAAAGGGAAUUGCAUAAUUCUUAAAUAA